GAAGCCUUCGGCAAAAAUGCCCAAUUUUGACAUGUUUUCUUUUCUUACUGAUUUCCUGUUCUGUGAUUUGAGAAUGCGGUUAAGUGUUUGAAACCAUCGCUUUAUUACCCAUUGAAUGUUACAGGCUAAAAUUUGAUCAUUGUAUUGUAGCUUUUUGUACCUUUUCGCCCAUUUGAUGAAAAUCAUGUUGAUCCACUAGAAGAAACGGAAAACCAAUUUAAAAACGACAAAAAAAGAAAAAGAACAAUUUUUUGUCCCUGUUUAUAAUUCAGCUCGAUUGUUGUUCUAUCUUUUUGUGUCUAUAAUUGCUUAAAAUCGAUUCGACGGAAGACAGACAAAGGCUCCAUUCUAAAUUCCCCGCGACUUCAUUUUACGCUUUUGCACCAAUUUUGUUUCCGUGACAUCGAAAAAAAAAAUAGUUUAAUUGCACUUUCUCCAUACAAUCUCUCCCACCCUUACAAUUCUGGGUUUUACCAACUCCGAAACCAUUUUAGAUUUGCCAUUUGAUAAGAAAUGUGGUCAAUUAGCGUCGAAUGUUUCUCGGAAAACCAAAAUUGAAAGCAAUUGCUGAUAAAUGCUAAUCCAAAGUUAGUGUUCGGAUUUUGAUAUGGAAAUAUUUACUAACCACAAUCGAAUUACUUAAAUUGGAAUUCAAGAAAGUUUAUCACUCAAUUUUUGAAAUUGUAAAUCGAUCAUCCUUGUUUGUUGCGCAAUAAUUUAUACGAAAACAAAUUGAUUAAACUUGGAAGUAAAUUUGCAUACUUCGGGUUUCGCAGAAUUUGUUUUAAUUUCACCAAUCUCCUUGCGUAUUUGAUUUAAUAAUCCACUAAAUGGUAAUUGAAAAAUCCGACAAUGUCAAUAGACGUGAAUGAAACAAGAGAUGACUCGUUUUUGAGAUAUGACUACCGACUCGGCUUUGUCGUCCGCUACUUCCUGCAAGACGAGCCUGCAUGUGACGACAGCUGGAUUCUUUUCCCCGCAGAGGUUCUGUGGAAUCGGUGGCUUCGAGGAACACUUUAUGUGCUGGGUCUGGGGUUCCUGUUUGUGGGCAUAUCCAUAGUGAGUGACAUCUUCAUGCAGAGCAUUGAGAUGAUUACGAGCAAGAAGAGGGUGGUCAAGUAUUAUGAUGCAGAGGCACAGGUGAUGGCGCAGAAGGAAGUGUUGAUCUGGAACGAGACAGUGGCCAACUUGACCCUCAUGGCACUUGGAAGCAGUGCUCCUGAAAUCAUGCUAUCCACAGUGGAAACCUGUCUGAAUUUGGGAAACGAGAAGAAGAAGGACGGGCUGGGAGUCUUCACCAUCAUAGGCAGUGCGGCCUUCAACCUCCUCAUCAUAAUCUCCGUCUGCAUCUCGGCUGUAGGCCCCGCCCCUAAAAGGAUCCGCCAGUUCGGGGUGUUCCUCUUGACAUCCUUCUGGUCCAUGUUCGCCUAUGUUUGGCUGUUGAUUGUACUCGACUAUGUCACACCCGGCGAGGUAGACUGGUGGGAGGCGCUGAUCACUCUUCUCUUCUUCCCCCUUUUGGUGUUGUCAGCCUACUACACAGACCUCAUCACUGCCAAAAAGAGAAAGAGGAAGAAGGCCGCUUUCGUCGAACGGAGGCGUUCCUCUAUGGGAGCUGUAUCAGGGAUCAGAGUGGGCUCAAUAACUCACCGACAGAAGAAGGGAAGUGUCGGUCAGGUGCUGAAAGAGCUGGCCAACUCGACUGGGUCUCAAGCCAGCUACAGCAAUGGAUACGGACACGCCACCACCUCAUUCUCACCCAAACGCAAAAAGCAUGCGGAGGAGGAGUCCAAUGGAAUUGUGAGUGGGGCAGCAGGAGUGACGUCAUCAGGGGGAGUGUCCAUUGAGGAACAACUGAAGGACCAGAAUAUACUCAAGUGGCAAGAAAAACAUUCUCUGCCGGAUUUGAUAAAAGUGUUCAGCGACCGAAUGAACAAACAAGUCUCGUCUGGGAGUGAAGAUCGAAUCAGUCGUCUCGUCCAACUCCUCACCCUCACUCAAGACAAGGACGACCUAAGACGAAUGGGGAGUAAAUUGGGGGCAAAUGGGGAGAUGACAAAACCGCGGGUGAUGUUCCUGUCGCCCCAGAUAGUGACUGAGCCUGGGGAUACCGUCGCCAGGGUGGAGGUCAUCAUCACCUAUGUACCACCAAACCAAUCGAAUGAAGAGACCAAAAAUCAGACAAAGGAUGACAUGUUUUUGGAGAGGCAGGCGAAUGAUGCUCUUGUGCACUCGAUGACGAACGGAGCAUCCAGCCCCACCACCUCCUCGGUAUUCUCAACCCCCUCCCUCCACAGAAUCAAAAAGAGCCCCCGUCUGAGUGUGACUGCAAUUGACUCUGCCUACGGGUCCACGAGUUCCAUGACAAAACGAGAGCCGAGACCACGACUUCCGGCCGACUCGAGACGAGGAGGCGACGAGGACAAUGCGAAUGACAUCGACUUAUCAGAAUUGAGCGUGAAAUUUGAAACACGAGACGCAACUGCCAAGAGUGGAGUGCAUUACAAGACCACCCAAGGUCAACUGGUGUUCUCGAAUGAGAAAAGGGUGUGUGUGAUUGAGAUCCCCCUAAUGGACAACUACUUGAGCUCAGCUGUGGAGAGGGAGGUGUUUGUGAUCCUCCAUUCUCCCUCCAAGGCAGUCCAACUAGGCAAGACCAGCAUCACCCGAGUCAACAUCAUACCAAACGUGGGCGCUGAGGUUGGAUUUGAGAGUGACUUCUACUACCUGAAUUGCAAAAAAGACAAAGAGGUCAUUCUGAAUGUACAGAGAUACGAUGCACUCAACACCAGAGUCUCAGUCGAGUAUUCAACCGAACUUGACUCUGCACAUGGGGGAGUGAGUUUGGAGAGUGGGUUAGUGGACUAUGUCACUAGCAGUGGUCUGGUGGUGUUCGAACAGCAGGAGACCAACAAACAAAUCACAAUCAAGUGCCACGCAGUCCCAAAGAAAGCGUUCUACGUUUUGCUGAAGAACCCUGUCAAGUGUAAAGUGUCGCCCGAGUUCGGAAUGACCCAUGUGCGUCUGUGUGUGGAGGAGGAGGACCACAAAAACUACUCGGGGGAGGGGCUGGGAGAUGUCAUGGGGGGCAGUGACGCCAACAGUCGCGUGCUGCGGGUCGUCGGCAGCAGGGGCGGAGACGAAAUGGACGGACGGUGCAACGCGUGGAUACGCCAAAUCAAAGAGUCUUUCGAAUUCGGAGAGGGAGCUUUCUCUGACGAAGAAGACGAACCGCUAACGAUAGUGGACUAUAUCGGUCACUUUCUAUCUUUCCUGUGGAAAGUGAUAUUCGCAGUGAUCAUCCCCCCUGCCUCCUAUAUGGGGGGAACUCUCACAUUCUGGCUCGCCCUGGCUAAUAUUGGGGCACUUGUGUUCCUCGUAGAAGAGCUGGGAAAUCUGUUGGGUUGUGUUGUUGGACUGGAGAAUGCGAUCACCGGCAUCACCAUCAUAGCCCUGGGCACUUCCCUCCCAGACACUCUGGCCAGUCGGACAGCGGCCCUUCACGAACAGUACGCAGACGCCUCCAUCGGAAACGUCACAGGCAGCAAUAGCGUGAACGUGUUCCUUGGCCUGGGAGUGCCCUGGGUGAUCUCGACUGUCUACAACCUCUAUUUGGGAAGGGGUGCAUUCACAGUGCAGACCAGCAACCUCUCCUUCAGUGUCACUGCUUUCCUCGCAGUCGGAGUCCUCUGUCUCGUCAUCAUCAUCGCCAGAAGAUUCAUCUUGGGCGGGGAGCUCGGUGGCUCGAAGCCUAUGCGAUGGGGCUCCUCUGGAUUCCUACUUCUGUUAUGGAUCGGAUAUACAACAGUCUGCAGCUCAAAAGCUCUUGGAUACUUCUGAUUGAAAACCUGGAAAACUGAAAUUCUUAAAAAAAUCCUUUCAAAGUCCUUUCAUUUUGAAUUCCUUUCAAAACGCGGUUUAGAAUUUUUAGAACCAUUCUAUAAAAAAGUGAACCCGACUCUCCUAUAAUAACCUAAUAUGCUAUGUCCUCAAAACGAUUCCCGUAUCAAAUAUGAAUAUAUGAAUAAGUUUUUAAUGACCAAUUGUGAUAUCGCCAAAAAUUUACCAAAACCAACAUUUAAUCCUCAUCCAGCAAAUCAGUAUUUGUACAACACGUGCAGUUGAUUUGGAUGUUAGAAGAUUUUGCGGCUUUUCUACUAGUUGUUUAAUUUUGCUACAAAAAUUCAGUGUUUUAUUUUUGAUGCGCUAAAACCUACAAAAGGCAUUUGAUCCAUAUAAAUAAUCAGUGCAAUGAAUAUCUUUUUUAUCCCAAACCUUUUCCUUUAAUUACUGUGUGUUUCAGAAGGCAGUGAAUCAAAUUAACCCCUUUGCUGGAUGAGAUUAUUCAAAAUCAGAAACGAUGAUUAUUGUAAUUGCGAAUGGGAGUGUUUGCCUUACGUAAAUUCGUUUUGAUGUGUUUUUAUUCUUUUAAAUUAUUUCAGGCAAAUGGAAAACAAAUUGAUGUCUAAAAUGAUAUCAGUUGCUACUCUCGUUUUUGUUUCACGUUUUUGAAGCCGC